CAAUUACAGCACUAAAGCGCAUUAUGCGGCAUAAUGCUAACGUUGAAUGUUCCAACUACAGCAACGCUUCGCACAAUCGAGCACAAAUAAAAGUAAUGCGCGUGAAUUGAUGCGUGCAAUCGAUGCCAACUGUGACAGAAAAUUAACAAGUGUUUUCCCCUUUAGGUUGGCAUUGAUCGAAAUGUUUUGUUCAUUAUUAACGUUAGUAAAUAUUAUUUAAUUGUUGGAAAAAAAUUUUAAGUAUGGAUGAAGGAAUAUACUUUUGUAAACAUUGCAAUGGCUUGAUCGAAUCAUUUAAUGAAGCAGGCAAUCAUCAAUGUUUUCGUGGAAAAGAAUAUAUUUAUCAAGAUGGAGAAGACAACUCAAUCUUAUUUGUUCAUAAUUACGAUAAUGAAAAUAAAGAAAACCAUGAAAAGCAAGUGUUUAACAACGAAGAGUCUGAAGUUAAUAAUUCUUUAUUAUCAGAUGCUGUGUGGACAAAGCAAGCCACGAUGGCGAUGCUUAGCUUAUACGAAGUAAAUAUACAGAUGCUUAUGGAUAUCGGCAAGAAAUCAAGGGUGUGGAAGAAAAUAUCAGAAGGCUUAAAAGAUUUAUGUAUACAGGUAACAGCAGAUCAGGUUAAAUGGAAAUUUAAUCGCUUAAAUAACAAAUAUAAGGAGUGUAUCGACAACAACAAUAUGAGUGGAAGAGCUCAUAUGACAUUUGAAUAUUAUGAGCAAUUCCAAGAAAUUUUCCAUAAAGAGAAUAACGUUGCUACUUCAAGUACAUUUUCUUCUUCGAUACUUACUACAGAUGAAAAAAAAAGAAAGCAUGAUAUAACCGGAUCAAAGAACAUUAGUAAGAGUAAAAAAUUAAAAGUAGAUGCUACAUCCAACAAAAAGAAUCUACCACCAGUUGAUGAGUCUCCAAAACUCAAAACAACUCCGGUUGCAGACGUUAAAAAAACUGCAAGAAACCAUCAACACAUUCAAAGUAUGGAAAUUUUUGAAAAAAUUCAAGAAAACCAGAAGGCUAGAGAUGAAAAAAUGACUAAAUAUUUAAAAAUAAAAGAGAAAGAAAUGGAUUUAAAGAAAAAAGCAAUCGAUGUUCGUGAAACUGAAAUGCAAGUUAAAAGAGAUGUUGCGAGUGAUAAACUAAAGUUUAAUGAAAAGAAGCACAAAGACUGGUUAAAUAUAGAAAAAUUGAAAUGUGAUCUUCUAAAAAAAUUAUUAAAAAAUCGUACUGACAGCGAAGAGUCUGAUUAAACUACCAAAAGUUAAUGUUUAAGAGUUUAUUGUACCUAAGAAGUUUAUUUUAACAUGUCAAAACAAAUGCUUUUUAUUAAGAUCUAUGAUUAAGAUUUUGUUGUGCUUAAAAGUUUAUAAUAACAUGCAAAAACAAAUAAAACAACAUAUUUUAA